AUGUUGGGUGGAUCUAGAAAUACAAUUUGCCUAGUGGUGCUAGGGCUAGUGCUCUGCGGUUGCACGGCUCCGGCUGCAGCAAAUGUAAAUAUGAGUGCCCUCUGCCUAAUGGUCACGGACGGCUUGUAUGUGGCCAGUGAGACUGAUUGCUCCAGCUACUAUCUCUGCGAGGGAGCUGUGGCCACUUUGCAGACUUGCGGCAGUGGGCAAUAUUUUGACAAGAAUACCCAGCUGUGUAACACCGCCUCGCAAGUGUCCUGUUCGAUUGGCAGCAGCGCAACACCUUGUGCUGGCAAAGCCGUUGGAACCUUCGCCCCUACAAAUAACUCGUGUACCGAUUACUAUUAUUGCGGUGCUUCCGGAGCCCAGCGUAGCAGCUGCCCCAAUGGCGAAAAUUUCAAUCCCAAUACGAUGUCAUGUGUCUGGCCCAGUCAGUAUCCCUGCACCACGGUCACUGCCAGCGAUGGGGUUAGCGCUGUCUCCCUCAAUCUCUGUCAAAUGAUCAAGGAUGGCGUCUAUUUUGGUAGCUCGGAUAGCUGCACAGCCUGGAACUAUUGCAAUAACAAUACCCUUGUAACCGGCACAUGCCCCAAUAGCAUGGACUUCAAUGUGGCAAAGGGUAUUUGCGAUUAUGCGGUGGAUACCACAUGCUCACAGGUCACCUACGAUCAGUCAUUGUCGACAACUGGUGCCGGCAAGUGUGGCACAGUUGGAGAGACCAAGAAUGCCACCGCCUGCAAUCAGUUCUACCUGUGCCAAUCGAGUGGCGUCUACACUCUGCAGACUUGCUCCCAAUCGGGCUAUUACUAUGACACCAUUAGCAAGAUCUGUGUGCCACGUAUGAGUGCUCGCAACCAGUGCGAUCGCUGUGUGGGCACUACCAAGACCUUUGUCAAUGCCUAUUCCGCAACCAGUUGCAGUGACUAUCUCUACUGCGUCAAUGGAGUCCAGCGUGGUGCCGAGCAGCAGUGUCCAUCCGGUUACUACUUCAACGAGGAUAUGGGUGACUGUGUGAUUGUCGAUCCUGAUUAUGCCUGCUGUACUCCCAGCAAUGCCACAAGCAGCACCACAACAUCUUAAACAUAUUAUCAGCUUAUAUCAAAAAUUCUUAUAUUUUUUUUUCGUACCUUUAAAUUUCUAAUAAAAUAUAUAAUGAGCUUCAAAAAA